AUGGCUAUCGCGAGGAUAGUCCAACAUGAGUCCUUUAUUCAGGAAGUUCACAGUCUCAAAAAGAGGAGUGCUAUCAAGGGGAAUAGCAAGUUGAUCGCACUGGACCCAUUCAUAGAUAAGCAGGACCUAAUCCGAGUAGGAGGUCGUUUACGGCAUGCUGACUUACCGGAAGAAACAAAGCACCCUAUCAUACUGCCGUCGCAACAUCACAUAACUAAUCUGAUAUUGAAGGAAGAGCAUUUGAGGCUACAUCAUUGCGGAGUCGAGCAACUGUUAGCAUCAAGCAGAAGAAAGUAUUGGAUUCUAGCCGGCAGAAGAGAAGCUCGAAGAGCAGUCCGCUCAUACCUAAAUUGCUUUAGAACGCGUCCUCCCAACUUGUCUGUGAAGAUGGGGGACUUGCCCAAGGAAAGGGUAACUGGAUAUAUCCGUCCGUUUGCUAUUAGUGGAGUGGAUUAUGCAGGGCCUAUAUUCAUAAGGGAGAGCCGUCGCAGAGGACGUCACCCUACUUUCAAGGCUUACAUUGCCUUAUUUAUUUGUCUCAACACAAGAGCUAUUCAUCUCGAGUUAGUCACGGAUCUGACGACGAAGCGUUUUUGGCAGCUCUUCGUCGUUUUACCGGAAGGAGAGGAAUUUGUUCCCGUCUGA